GCAGCAGCGCUGCCAGCUUGUAAUAUCUUCGAGGUUCCCCGAGAGGAGGCUGCUGCUGCUGCCACUACCACUCGGUCAUCUUUUCUUUUAGCUGCGUGUUGUUGCUUUUGACUGGUGCUGUCAAACAAAGACCUCAUUCUGCAAGCAAGUGAGCAAAGCCAGCAGCCUCGUUUGUGUCUCACUUCUUCUUCAUCUCCCCCUUUGUCCUUCGUCCCUCCCUUUGUUCUCCAUCGCAGCGCCACUCAGAGAGAGAGAGAAAGAGAGAGAGAGAGAGAGAGAGAGAGAGGGAGAGAGUAGAGAGCGAGAGCAAGGGAGGGAGGGAGAGAGGUAGAGAAGGAAGGAGAGGAGGAGGAGAUUGAGCCGGGACAGAAAGAAGGGAAGCAUUCUAGGAGGACGAAGAGUGUGAGAGAACCUGGGGGAGCUGCUUCACGGUGAAAUGGUAUCGAAGGCUGUGUUCAGUCCGUCAGAAGCGAGCUGAGAUGUGCUUUCUCCGCCUCAACUGUCUCCGCAAGAUGGCAUCAGGCAUGCAGCCCGCGGCGAAAAUGAAUCCCGUACACACGGCAGACACCGGGAAAGGGCAGGGUCAAGGCACUCACAACCAAAUUGUACACGGAUUCUCACUAGUCAAAGGAAAAUCUAGACAUCCUAUGGAAGAUAAACAUGUAGCUGAGUUCAAGCGCGUCAAGGAACAUGAGCUGGGGCUGUUUGCCAUUUACGAUGGUCACUUGGGUGAUAGUGUACCAGCCUACUUGCAGCGGUAUCUUUUCGACAACAUUCUUAAUGAGAGCGGAUUUUGGCAAAAUCCUGCGGAGGCCAUGAAGAAAGCCUAUCUGAAUACAGAUACUACUAUAUUGGAUAAAGCUCCCACCUUGGGAGUUGGUGGAUCAACAGCUGUCACAGCAAUCUUAGUCGAUGGGAGACGCUUGCUCGUAGCGAAUGUCGGAGACUCAAGGGCCGUCCUCUGUCGACAGGGAACUGCCAUCCAACUCUCUGUGGAUCACGAGCCGAGCGCGGAGAGGGGAAGCAUUGAAGGCAAAGGUGGCUUUGUAUCGAACAUGCCCGGCGACGUGCCACGGGUCGAUGGCCAACUUGCGGUAGCACGUGCAUUUGGUGACAAAAGUUUAAAAGUUCAUCUCAGCGCACAACCUGAUAUAGCCGAGAUCAAAAUUGAUCAAUACACAGAGUUUCUCAUUCUUGCCAGUGAUGGUCUAUGGAAGGUAAUGAAGAACCAAGAAGCGACUGACCAUGUUCGGAGAGUUCGAGAUCCCCAGAUUGCAGCGAAGAUGCUGACGGAUGAAGCCCUUGUGCGGAAAAGCAAGGAUGAUAUAUCAUGCAUUGUUGUUCGAUUUCAAUAAGGUUACGUGCCUGCAAAAUCCCAUUCUUUUUAGGUGAUCCCAUUAUGCCAUACUCAAAAUUCUGAAGGCUGGCAAAAGGUUGUCUACUUUCUUGGCCAAACUGAACGAAUCAGUCUGAGAAUGACCAGGUUUUUGGUUUUUGUAAAUAUCACAGUUUGAAGCAUAGUUGAACUGUCCCCCAAUAUAUCAUAUGUUUAUCUGCAGAAACUCGCACAAUCCGUUGGUGAAACAUCCCAAUUUAUGCAAUUUUAGUGGACUGCAUUGCCAUCAGUUCGAUUGCCACAGCUUUUCGUGUCUCCUCGUAGAAUGAGAAAUAACUGUUAGUGGGUGUGAGGUUUUGUGAAUCUGGAGCCCCGAUUAUAAAAUGCUUGCACUGUAGUUGAACCUUGGCAACAUCGUGGUUGCACUACUCGGCUCUUACAGUAAGAUUGUGAGUUUGUAAAGCAUUUGUUUUCGAGUGAUGAUUACUUCAUCUGAAUCAUGUGCACUAUUUGUGCC